AGAUGUAUUUAGUUUUAAUAAGCGGCUAGUGUUACCGCAAGCUCCUGCGAUACUUCUGUGACCUUUCUGUCUAACCAAAUAUAAAGCCAUGGGUCCUGAUGGUAACUUUGGUGUAUUCAGUUCACUGCAGUUUAUGGGGGUUAUUAAACCAGCCCUAACUGCUGCAUGUAUCCAUGUGAGAUUAAUUUCAGAAAACACAAUGUUGAAUCAGGACAUUUUGCUCAGUGCUUUUCAGCCUAAAUCAGAACAGCACAAUCUGAGGUGUGAUAAUUAUGUGCCGUGUUAAACAUAAUUAUCACCACAUGGUAUUAGUCACCACAGUUUAAAAAGAAAGAGAGAAAGAAUGCAUGAAUAGAAAAUAAUAUAAUUUAUUAUUUCCCAUUUCCAAUGCUAACAAUGCCUUACGAAAAUUAACCUUGGUUUUACUACACAAUAAAACCAAAAUAACAUGAUUACCACAAAUUAACCAUAGUUUAACCAUGGUAUUUGUAGUAAAACUAUGGUUAUACAAAUGGUAAUCAGUGUGCCAAACCAUGGUUACUACACGUUUACUAUAUUAAGACCAUGGUUAAUUUUCGUAAGGGAUAAGAUCAAUAACACUUGUAUCAACAAUGGUAUCUUAGUGUAAGCUAUUACUUCAGUACAUUUAUUACCAUGGACCACUAAACCAGUCUUAAGUAGCUCGGGUAUAUUUCUAGCAGUAGCCAAAAAUACAUUGUAUGGGUCAAAAUCUCAUACAAAACAGUUCAAAAUUUAGAGUUAGUAAGACUUGUUUUUUGAAAGAAAUUAAUAGUUUUAUUCAUUAAGCGUGCAUUAAAUUGAUCAAAAGUGACAGUAAAUACAUCUGUAAUGUUAAAAAAAUGAGAAUUUCAAAUAAACACUGUUCUUUUGUUAUUAUUCAGAGAAUCCACAAAAAAUUUAUCACAGCGUCCACAAAAAUAUUAUGCAGCACAACUGUUCCAAAAUUGAUAAUAAUAAGAAAUGUUAAAUUAUUUAGUUAGUUAUUUAGUUAGGUAUAUUUGUACCAAUAGCCAAAAAUACAUUGUAUGGGUCAAAACUAUCGAUUUUUCUUUUAUGCCAAAAAUCAUUAGGAUAUUAAGUAAAGAUCAUGUUCCAUGAAAAUAUAUAUCAAAACCUAAUUUUGUAUUAGUAAUAUGUAUUGCUAAGAACUUCGAUUGGACAGCUUUAAGAUUUAGAUCUUUUGCACCCUCAGAUUCCAGAUUUUUAAAUAUUGUUGUAUACUAACAAGCCAUACAUCAAUGGAAAGCUUAUUAUGCUUAUUAUGUAUACAUUUCAAUUCACCCUUAUAACUGGUUUUGUGAUCCAGGGUCACAUUUGUGUAAAUUGCCCCCCACAGCGCUUGGCUAUUAGUGCAGGAAACAUAAUUUAUUAAUAAUUUUAGGAACGUUUGUUGUGACUUUUAUUUUGAAUUUAAACCUGCCUUUUAGGUCUUUUGAGUCCACUGUUGUUAUGCAUAGAAUUGCGUUGCAAUGAAACGUACUGAAACUGCCUCUAAAUGUCGACGAAAAUGAUAGAAACGGUUGACAGCUUGGAAAUGGCAAUUAUUUUUGUAUUCAAAUAGUUUUGCUAGCAGGUUUUCUUACAAAAAGGAACAAAAAAUAAAUAGUAAAUUUAAAUAAAUAUCUUUUGCAAGUGGAAAACAUGCUGUAGACAAAGUCUUUGAUUAACUCUGGGCUAGUACAUAGUUUAUUGUUUUUAAUAAUAAAAUUGUAAAUAAUCACAAAGCGCUCAGAAUGGGACUUUUAUUUCGUCAAAAGGCGUACCGCCGUCCAUUUUGUUGACUGCUCACCAUGGCGAGCUUCACACAUCGCUGCUUUUAAUUCUAGGCACAUUCGCUGAGGAAUUUACCACCCAUCCUCUUUUCUCCUUCACCGGUGUCGACGCUCUUCUUCAUUUAUUUUAACUUCCUUAACCGUACAGUUUUGUUCAAAAGCUUUGUAUAUUGUGUAAAUAUACAAGUGUGCAUUCGUUUUCCCUGAUAAUAUGGAUUAAUUUGUCGAUGUCUGCUGAAAUUGCCUGGACAUAAUUGUUCCACCUGACCAUGCAGAAUAUCCCGGCGAUAACAACACACUGCAAGGAUUAGUGUAGGUUUAUAUAGACCGCUGCAUUUUUUUUGUUAGAUUAUAUUUUUAUACAGGAAUCGCUUUAUUAAUUUUGGAAGGUUUUAUUCCAAGAAAAGGGAAGAGGGAAGAAAAGAAAGAAGAAGGAAAUCCUCAAACAGAGUCAUGUCCUUCAGGAGGGGUGUUGUCAGGCAGAGUAAGUUCAGGCAUGUGUUCGCCCAAGCUUGGAAGGCUGAGCAUUGCCUCGAUGAUGUCAGAGUAUCACGCGUGACAUGGGACGGUCCGCUGUGCGCUGCCAAUCCGAAGUUCAUUGCUGUUGUCAUUGAGGCCGGAGGAGGCGGAGCCUUUCUUGUGUUGCCGCUCGCCAAGAGUGGUCGAGUGGACCAGAACACCCCGACCGUGUGCGGUCACGCCGCUCCGGUGCUGGAUGUGCAGUGGUGCCCACAUGAUGACAAUGUUAUUGCCAGUGCCUCAGAGGACUGCACUGUCAAGAUUUGGCAGAUUCCUGACGGAGGUCUUACAUCCCCCAUGUCUGAAGCUGUUGUGACUCUCGAGGGCCACAGUAAAAGAGUAGGCAUCCUGGCCUGGCACCCUUCUGCUCUCAAUAUCCUGUUGACUGCAGGAUGUGAUAAUGUCCUGUGUGUAUGGGAUGUGGGCACCGGGGAGCUGGUGUACCAGCUGAGUGACGCCCAUCCAGAUCUGAUAUACAGCGUGAGCUGGAACCGUGAAGGCAGCAUCCUGUGCACCACGUGUAAAGACAAAGCCUUACGAGUCAUUGAUCCCAGGCGUGGAACAGUCCUUAAGGUGCGGGAGAAGGCUCAUGAGGGCACUAGGCCGAUGAGGGCCGUGUUUCUGGCUGAUGGGAAAAUCCUGACAACCGGCUUCAGUCGCAUGAGUGAGAGACAGCUUGCCCUCUGGGACACGAAAGAUCUUUCUGAGCCAAUGGUUACUCAGGAAAUGGACACCAGUAACGGAGUUCUGCUUCCGUUCUACGACCCAGACACCAACAUGGUUUACUUGUGCGGAAAGGGGGAUUGUACUAUUCGUUACUUUGAGGUGACAGAUGAGUCACCGUAUGUUCAUUUCCUGAGUCUGUACAGCAGUAAGGAGCCCCAGAGAGGUGCUGGUUUCCUAAGCAAACGAGGAGUAGACGUCAACAAGUGUGAAAUAGCAAGGUUCUACAAACUGCACGAGAGGAAGGUUGAGCCCAUUUCUAUGACUGUGCCGCGGAAGUCUGACCUGUUUCAAGGGGAUCUGUACCCGGACACAGCAGGAUUAGAACCCGCUCUACUGGCAGAAGAUUGGAUAGCUGGACAGGACGCUCCUCCAAUCCUUGUUUCCCUCAGUGGAGGCUACACCGCCCCUCCAUCCAAAUGCGGAACGCUCCGGGGUCGACCUAAACUACUCACUCAGACCAACACUAGUCCCACCAGCACUACUGCGCCAGCAAACCCUAUGUCAGUCGAGAUGGAGAGCGAGGGUUUGAGCCAUGGACAAGGAAGAAGGGAUGUAGAUGGUGGGAUAGAGAGAGUAAAGAAAGAGGAGGACCAACUUUCUGAUAUCCUGACAGAGAUUCGGGCAUUGCGUGCUCUGGUUCUGGCUCAGGGUCACAGAAUCGACGUCCUGGAAAGGCAGCUCGCCCGUAUUGAGGAUGGAGAAGUGUGAAGGAAACUACAAACAUAUAACAACACAUAGCCUUACCCAGAUUCAGAAAGCUUCACUGAAGGGUUAUGAGAAACGUAGUUCUAUUGCUGUGGCAUAGAGAUACAAAGACGUAAUUGAGCUUUGAGCUUUAUCGGUACACUUUGGUUUUUAAUGCACUGAUAUUAAUAUCCUAAAUGCUGCUCAUUUUGUGCUUUUAAUAGGGCUGUUACAUCAGGUACUUACUGCUGACUUUGAAGUCUGAAUUUGGUUGGGUCAACAUUUGCAUAAACAUGCAACCUUUAAAUGGAAAGCAGACUUGAUCAUCUCUCGUAGCCUCAGCUUUAUGAAUGCUUCUACUUAAAAAACCUUCAGGAAAUGUAAUUAUCCAAUGCUGAAUCGAUUCCUUUCUUUCACUAAAGUUCGAUGGUGCUUAUCAACAUAUGUAUAUUGACCAGCACUGUUCUUGGGUUUAGCUGCCCUCAACAGCUCCUCUCUUCCAUUUGUAUGUCUUAACAUAUGUAGCAUUGAUUUUGGAUGUUGGUAGAGUUUAAUAUGUGGAUACGUGAGUAGCGUGUGAUAGAAACUGUACUUGGUGUUGAAGGAAUUUGUGAGUUUUCAAUAUAAUGAAGAAACAUUAGAAGAAGAGUUUUGGAAAUGAAAACAGAUGCAGGUCUUAUAGGAAGAAAAGAUGUCCAGGUCACUAAUUUCACCCAAAAAUCAACCUUUUUUAACAUUAUAGUCAUUGUAAUUUUACUUCAGGUCUUUUGUUAAUUCAUAUUUUUCAGAAUUAAUCUAUUUUUAUUAUAUUCCCAUUACUCCAAUAAAGCCAUUUUACCAUAUUACAUUAAAAAAGUUUUUUUUUUUACUACCAAAAUAACACUAAAUACUACCAAGAUAUACAGUACAAAUGAGAAUAGUUACAUUAUUGUAAUGCAAAAUGUGUGCAAAAAAGAAAAAAUUAUUUUCUUUUUUCUUUUUUUAAAUGUAAUUAUUAUUAUGUAAUAAAUAACAUAACAUAUAACAUUUAAAAAAAAUUCACACUGAUUUAGGGGUGACCUGAACAUGUUCUUGGCAGGUUUGUUGAGAUUAAUCCUGUACCUCUUGACGAAUUAUCGUGCUUCAUUCCUGUUUGAUUUAAUAUGAAAAAUAAUAGUAGAAUGCUGUGAUGUCGUUAGGUUUAAGUGGUGUUGUUUUUGUAUUCGUUUUAUUUUUAGUCUUAAUCAUAGGCACUACAAUCAGGGAUGACUCAAACCGCGGGUCGACUCAUCCUCCUCUGUGAAUGAUUUUGUUGAAGUCUAGCUUUAUCAGUUGUAUAUGUUGUAAAUUAUCCAAGUAUCCAUUUACUUAAAACUUAAGUGCUAACUUAAUCUGUUCUUUUUAAUAAACAACAU